AUGUCCGAUUCUCCCUUACCAUUGGAGUGUCUACAGGGCGCGAUCAAGUUUCUCUCCGACAACCUCGACAUCCACUCCUUGACCGUCCUCCUCCGAGUGAAUCGCUUCUUUGCAGAAGCCACUUUGCCAUUCCUCUACGCCGAUCCCUUCUGUGAACACUUCAGCAUCCUUGAAGAAUGGACCGACAGGCGAUCAUUGAUCCUCGUCAGAACCUUACUACGACAGGUCCCCCUCGACGACCUUACACCUCUCCUCAGGACUUUUUACUUUGACAGCCAGAACUUUGAUUGCAGUUCAGACCCCUUGUCAGCAGAGGUCCAGGAGCCGUACACGCCUGUCCUGAUUUAUUUGCCGCAUGUCAGGAGCCUCUUUUCGGACAACUUUCCAACGUGCAAGCUGCCAUGUGGUCACCUCGCGGCGAUUCUGAAGACUGUGGGACUUUACGACCAGUAUGCUGUUGAUGAUCUGUAUGGAGGCGUGGACCCAGACUACAGCGACUACUUUGUUGCUCAUGCUUUCAAGGAGGAUGUCCGACGGCAGUUGGGGUGGGCGUUGUGUGUGCCCGAGUUGGUACAGACCUUGUCGAUUGCGGUGUCGGACUGUGGGCGGUACUUGGAGCGAGUGGAGCGGUUUGCCAGGUUGACGUCUGUUCGUUUCUCGUUUGACAAACAGCACGAGUUUGGGAGAGACUGGGUUGAGCGGAUGACACCGGAGGCCAAGGCACGAGAGCUGGAGUUCCGGGAGGAGCGGAGGGUGCAUUUGGAGACGAUGGUCCAGUUUGUGCGGGAGCAUACGCAGAUCCACAAGGGUGUUUUGAGACAUGCUAUUUGUGAGAAUGGAUACCAUCUUCAGGAGACGCGCCUUCUUUGCCAGAUCUGUCCCGAGGAGUAUCAAUUGGCGUUACUGGAUUGCCUCCCACCGCUGUACAACCCAAAGGUGCUGGAUACGGAUAACCUGCGCCAGUUUGCGUUCAAGUUUCAGGAAACAAACUUGGAGUUUGUGGAGGAGUUUGAGAAUGUGUAUGCGGAUGAGCAGACGAUGGACCUUUUGGAGACCAAGGGACCGUUCUUACAUCGGUGUCGGGCGCUGAGGAAGGUCGAUAUAGUUGCAUUUGGGGAUAGGGAUAUAUUUGAGUGGGCUGUUCUGGAGAAGCAAGAGUACGAUCGUCUGAUGAACCGAGAUGAGGUCCCAGAAAGGCCACUUGUCCAGGCUGAGCAUGUCAAGAUUCAGUUUGAUCAAGAAUGCGAUGGACUACAGAUCGACUCGAUUGCACACGGGUUCAGCAACACCCUGGAAUCGCUCAGUGUGGAAUGGGCGACUCGCUUCAGCUCGUACAGCGAGCCUGCGCAGGAACCCGUGGCGUUUGGCCAGCUUUGGCACCUCCCUCGGUUACGGACUCUGUCAGUCAACACCAAGAUGGCGCAUCUUUUUCUGGACCCGGAGGCGCUGCUGGGAUGUCCGAACGUUCAAGAGAUUACUUUGGUUGACUGGAUGACAGAUCAUACAUUGACGGGACUUCAGCUCUGGAAACACGCAUGUCUUCCAGAGCUGACCAGCCUCAAGAUGAACGGCACCGCUGCUCGGACUUUUCAUCCGAAUACCCUUCACAGUUCACCCAAGUUGGAGGUCCUGCAUAUCGGCAUCGGGACUAACACUGGUAUUGAUGACAUCCCCGACAUCAGCGACAUUUUGCACCUGUUACUGGAGACUGGCGGCAGCGGUGACGAGCAAGCAGGAGCAGCAGGAGGAGCUAGCCCCGCUGAGUUGCUGACAUUUUUCCCUAGGUGGUCGUGGGAUUGGUACAUGCCGUGUCUUCGGGAGUUGUUCAUGACGGCCGAGUAUGCGCUUUGUUUCCAGUUCCGGAUGCUUCGAGAGACGCCUAAUCUGGAGACGCUUUCUUUGGACAUGCAAACGACGGUUUACAUGGAUGUGCAUGAGUUGGAGCGACACGAGUUUUCAUUGGACGACUUGCGGGAGAACGAUAGUAACAACAUCCACAGUAAUGACAGCAACGACGAGAAGAAGAGCAAGGCAAGGCUGUUCAUCAAACUCCCAAAGCUGAUCAACCUGCAGCUGAUAGGGACCUGGAUCAUCGGGCACGAGUUCUGGGAGACGGCGUUUGAGGAAGUGAUGCCGAACCUACUGAGCGUCCAGGAAUCGAAAUGCAGAGGGUUUGAUAAACAGGAUUGGGUUUCUGCUUUGUCGGUGCUGCCUAGGCUUCUGAGGGCGUAUUCGUCAAGGCAUAUAUGGUCUGAUGACCCUGAGCUUGAGUUGACGUUGAAGGACCUUGGGCUUAUGGAGAAGGAGGAGGGUAAUGGCGAAGAGAAGGAGAGAAGGGAGGGUGAGGAAGAUGAUGUUGAAGGUGUAUACGAGCAGGAAGACGAAGAAGAGGAGGGGAUUUUCCUUGAGGCGAAUCGUGGCUGGCGACCGGUAAUGUAUGGCUUCGGGCGUGAGCCGAUUCCAGGUGUGGGCAUCAAUGAGACCGAGUUUCGGUUCGAGCACUCCAACAAGGUAUAUGUGCGGCAGAUAUCAGGAGUAGCAACAGCAGCACCAGUAGGGCCAGUAGCAGCAGCAGCGGUUGAAAGUCUGAAACUUUGA